UAUAAAGUGCGCACCGAUGCAUUCACUUAUAAGGAACGGCGACAGCCACAACGUACCAUGACGUCUACGAAUCUAGUCAUCGACAUUACGGGCAUACAGCAGGAGACUGUGCUAUUAGUAGCACACUACGACAGCACUGGAGAGACGGUUGGUUCAGAAGGGGCGACGGACAAUGGAGCGGGAACAUCGGCAUUGCUCGCCCUGGCGAAAGCCCUGUGGGAUUUGCAUCCGGACAACGUGCCCUACAGUGUCCGAAUUUUAUGGACAGGUGCAGAGGAGAAUGGCUUGCACGGGGCCAUGGCCUAUGUGACAAGGGCGCUGGAGAAUGGGGAGUUGAAGCAUGUCCGGGCUGUGAUCAACCUCGACACUGUGGGUGGCGGUGACUUUCUGUAUGUGCACUCCGCGCACUCGGCCUAUACCGAGUACAGUCACGAGUGCGAGGCCUUGGGCCUGUCUCAGACGAACUACACCUACAGCCCAGUAGUCAGAGACCAACUGCUCAGCGCCUCUGCACAGACGGACAGUGUGGCUAACGUUUUCAUCAUUCAUCCGGAUUUCCCAGGCUAUCCCAGGGGCGAGACGGGGUCAUGGUCUGACCACGCACCGUUCGCGUGUGCAGGGCUGCCCAUCGGGUAUGUGGAGACGACUAACUUCAACAUCGACGGACACAACCACUACGACGGCUAUUCACAGACAACCAAUCCACUGAUGUGGGACUGCUUCAACGCGUCACUUGUCAGUGCGUGCGAUCGCGACACAGAGAUGAAGUGGGGAAAGAUCUGGCACACGCAGUUUGAUCGUCUGGAUAUGUUGGAUACAGCCUUCCCGGGCAGAGUACGUGAACAGUUGGGUGAUACGGUUGACUCUCUGGUGACCUUCUUAACGCAUGACACGUUUAUGCGAGCAGUAGUCGCCUCUGAUUGGGCUGCAACGGCCAAUGCUUUUGGAGGUAUACAUGCCGCUUCCCAAAUCGAGACCGGGGCAGGUGCAACCCUAUUCCACACUGAGAGGACAACUUCAAGCCAUACCCAAACGUUAGUCAUCAGUGCAGUUGCCGUGAUAGUAGGUGUACUUGCCAUUGGAUCAUUGUUGGUGGCAGGUAAGAGAGCGCUCAGGUGGUACCGGUAUGGGCAAGCAGUAAACCAGGACGGUGGCGAGAGCGAGUGCGAGGAGGGGUCAGACCUUGAGGAUGAAGUCAUACUCAUGAGGGACGUAGCCAGUGAUUCGUGAGCGUUGUAUGUCGCGUGACUAAUGGACUACAUACCCGUCAACGAACAUGGUCACAUAAGCCUGGAUAGCUUGAGUAGGGUUUGAAGUAACGGAUGGAUAGAUAGCACCAGGGGCAUAUUUCAAUACAGGUGUUUGUGCGUGUGCCAAGGUGUGUGACUACAACUGCUAUAAUCCUAGAGUGAUUGAAAGCUUGUUGGGUUACAACAUGCACUAGGUUUUAGGGUUUUGCACUGCGAAAUUGUUAAAUCUGUGCGGUCCAUAGUGGUACAAAGGAGCUCACGUACUGUAAUCGGCAGAGGGUGGGUGGGUAUUUAAACUAAAGCCUCUAGAAGUCUCAACCCUGCCCAAACCCUAAACCCAAAACCCCAAUCCCAAAACUCUAAGCCAUGAACCUCGCAUAGGCCACAGUACAAUAGCAGACAAGUUGUAAGCGUGCCUUGCGCUCGGUAUGAGUAUGCUACACGUUUGCCACCAUUCCAUUAACCAGCUUAGCUUAGCAUGACUCAGGCGCGGGUUAGUAGUCUAAUUGACAUAUGGCCAACAUGGAUAUGGUACACUCUCUCCACUACUCACAUAGGUAAUCACUUUCUUCAGGCAAGAGGCAGGGGGUGGAUAAUCAGUUCAUGACAGCACACUAACUGGCAACAACUGUGCUCAAGCCGUUCUGUGGCGAUACGUUUUGUAUACACUACUUGUCCUUAGACAAAGAUUCUAAAUCGACAAAGACUAUGCCUUAAAUUGAACUAUAACCCUGCAUCCAGAACCCUAAGCCAGCCAGUGAAUAACAAUAAGUGACAACUGGACCCUAAACAUAAACACCACUCCAACUGAAUAAGCGAUACACUGUAGUCCGGUCCGUAUGGUAUAUUUUUAAUUUUUCUUUGGAGGGGCAUGCCACAGUGCUAUUAAGUGACAAUAAACCCUAAACCCUUAAAGGGGCACCGCAAUUUCUUGAAAACACUAGAGUGCG